ACGAAUAGGCAAAAACGUCCGAGAAAGAAAAACUUGAGAGAGCUGCAGCAGCAAAUGGAAUCAAAUCCAAAAGAAAAGUGUUUCUCCAGUUUAUUGAUUAUUAAUUCUGGAAUUCAUACGUUUUAUUAUUGACAAAUUGACGCUAAAAAUUACUAAACAAUUGAAAAUUCAAUUAGUUCUCGGUGUUCAGUUCGACUUGGUGUUUAGUUAUUAUUCGUAAUUUGGUCGUUGAACAACCAAAUAUAAAUAAAAUAUAAAAACAACAAAAAAAAAAUAGAGAAAAAAACACACCACAUUGAGCAGGGAAUCAUCAUCGAUCGUUUCGUAUCUCUCGAAUAUAUAUUAUUUUUUUUUUAUUGUUGAAUUUCACGUUGUGAUUAUUUUUGUUCUAAUUGAAUUAUUUUAUCUGUAACAUACCUAUAAAUAUAAAUUGUGUGCAAAAAAAAAAAUAAAGAAACAACAAAAAACUAGAUUCCAUUUUGGCCAAUUUAUUCGUGGUUUAUUUUUUGGGAUUUUUUUUUUAUUGUUUGCGCCUGUCCACCGAAGUCAAUUCGGUAUAAAUUGCAAAUUAAUUUAAGUGGUGCUCCGGAGAAAAUUCCAAACGAAAAUAUUAUGGCCGAUGUGCGUCGCAGGAAGACGGAAAACGAAGCAGAAUCGCCUGCUCCAGGAGGCGAUGGACAGAAACGAGACUCAUUAACUGCUGAAUCUUCAGAUCAUAUCGAUUCAGAAGAAGAAAAACUACCAGACGAGAAAUAUGUUGAAGAGUUGGCGAAAACUUUACCGCAAGGAACAGACAAAACACCAGAAAUGUUGGGAUCCGCUUUGAAGGAUUUACCAGAUAGAUGGAAGAACUAUGUCAUUCGUGGGAUAUUCACCUGGAUAAUGAUUUGUGGCUUUGCCCUUAUUAUUUAUGGAGGUCCAUUAGCAUUAAUGAUUACAACGUUAAUGGUUCAAGUGAAAUGUUUUCAAGAAAUCAUCUCUAUCGGCUAUCAAGUUUAUCGAAUCCAUGGUCUUCCAUGGUUCCGAAGUCUUUCAUGGUAUUUUUUGCUAACUUCAAACUACUUUUUCUAUGGUGAAAAUCUGGUUGAUUACUUUGGUGUUGUAAUAAACAGAGUGGAAUAUUUGAAGUUUUUAGUCACUUACCAUCGAUUCUUGUCGUUCGCAUUGUACUGCAUUGGUUUUGUUUGGUUUGUACUGUCCUUGGUGAAGAAGUAUUACAUGAAGCAAUUUAGCUUGUUUGCUUGGACUCAUGUUUCAUUGUUAAUUGUUGUUACUCAAAGCUAUCUAAUUAUUCAAAAUAUUUUCGAAGGUCUUAUUUGGUUUAUUGUACCCGUUUCGAUGAUUGUCUGCAAUGAUGUUAUGGCCUAUAUGUUUGGAUUCUUCUUUGGCAAGACUCCAUUAAUUCAACUCAGUCCCAAGAAGACAUGGGAGGGCUUUAUUGGAGGUGGUUUAUCAACUCUGGUCUUUGGUUGUUUUAUCUCGUUCUUAUUGUGCCAUUACCAAUACUUCAUUUGUCCGAUUGUUUACUCUGAAUCUCUUGGUCGUAUGACAAUGGAAUGUGAACCAAGUUAUCUCUUCACUUACCAAGAAUAUAGUUUGUCUGUGUUUGGAAUCGGCAAGUCAAUUUCAAUGUAUCCAUUUGUAUUCCAUUCGAUAUCACUGAGCUUGUUCAGUUCGAUUAUUGGACCAUUCGGAGGAUUUUUCGCAUCUGGUUUUAAGAGAGCUUUCAAAAUUAAGGACUUUGGUGAUAUGAUUCCCGGACAUGGUGGAAUUAUGGAUCGUUUUGACUGUCAGUUUUUGAUGGCUACCUUUGUUAAUGUUUACAUUUCCAGCUUUAUUAGAACUGCAUCGCCUUCCAAAUUGUUGACACAAAUUUAUACUUUAAAACCAGAACAACAACUUCAGAUAUUUAACUCAUUGCGAGACAACCUUGAAGGUUUAAGCAUUCUAAACUAAACAAAAAAAUAAUACAUUCUUCAACUAAUUUUUAAAAAUAAAAUCUAUAAUUUAUUUUAAUAUAAUAUAUAACAACAUAAAAAUUUAUAUACAUAUAAAGGCUAUGUAUGUGCAUGUGUAAACAUAAUUCUAGUUAAAUCAUAAAAAAAAAAAUGAUAAUGGUUUAUUAUCCAUAAAUAUUCAUGGAUAAAAAAGUCAAAAAAACACUCGUUUUGUGUGUGUGUAAUAAUUAGUUUAAACAAACACACAUUCAAAUAAUCUCACUAAAAACAAUUUAGCAAGUGAAAAAAAAAAUACUAUCUAAAAAUAAAUAUUGUGUACUGAUUUAAUUAAUUUUAAUAAACAAAAAAAUAUUGAUUAAAAAAUUCCACUAAUAUUAAAAGUAGUAAUGUUGUUGAAACUUUUUUUGUAUACUUUUUUGAACAAAAGAAAAACAAAAACAAAAGAAUGUGUGCAAAGCGAUGAAAUUUAUUAAUAACAAUCAAUUUGUUGGUUUUUUGUUUUUUUUUUUUUAAUUUUCUUUUAUAGUGAAAACAAGAUUUGUGUAAAAAAAAAUAUAUUUAUUCAAUAAAUUGACUAAAACACUAAUUUAUUAUACAAUAAGAAAUUGUUUAUACAAUUUUUUACAAAAAAAAAAAAUAAAAUUAUGUAACAUUAAAAAUAUAGAAAGGAAACAUUCAAAAUCUGACAGUGAUAAUUUUAAAUUUUUGUUUUGUUAGCUUCGAAUAAAAACGAGUGAUUUUUUAUAAAGAGAUUUAAGUAAAAUAUUGAAUUUCAUAGUUAAGUAUAAGAAAUCAUUUUUUAAACUUGUUCAGUUCGUAGAAGUUCAAUAAAACAAAACGAAUCUUUUCCAGUUAUUUUGCUUUUUUAAUUUAAAGUUAAUACAGAAUGCCCAGAAGUCAACUGACUACUUUCAUUAUUUUACUUAAAAGCUCUAUACAGGACAGAUUAAAAAGGUUAUUUACGAAUUAAGAAAAGAAAUACGAAAAAAAUAAACUAUAAUUUUAAGCUGAACAAAUAUUAUUCUAGUCUUUAGUAUUUUUUGUUUUUAAAUUUUAGAGAAAAUAAAUUAAGUUAAAUUUGUAUGUUAUGAAAUUGUUUAGUUUUCGUUACUUUAUAAUAGCAAUUUUUUUGUUUUAUGUUCUUUGUUAAUUUGAAAAAUAAAAAACAGUAAAAAAUUAUAUAGUUUCAAAACUUUCUCAUAAGUUAGAGUAAAAAAAACCCAUCAGCUAAUAAUUAAAUAAAAAAUAAGAAACAAUGCAUAAAGCCAAUGAAGCAAAUUUAUUAUGUCUUAACAACAGAGCUAUUCAUAUAUUCGAUUGAAAAAGAAAAAAAAAAAAACAACUAAAUACGUGUUUUGGGUAAAGUUUAUUUAUUUUUUGGUAUUCAUAUACUUUAUCUGAAAAAAAAGUGAUUUAAAAAUAUAUUCCAAAAGAAUUUAAAAAAAUUUAUUUACUCGCAUUUUCAGGUAAAAUCUUUUUUUACUACUCUGCUUUAAUUUAAAGUGCAAUAAUAGAUUUUAUUUAAAAACUGAAAAAAUAAAACUGAACACAUAAAUAAAUGUAGGUAGUUUGAUUUUUGUUUUGUUUUCAUUUAUUUUUCAAUUUUAUCCUCAUUGAAUGUCCGUCCGUGGAACGCCUGUUUUUGUUUUGUUUUACUUUAAACACCACCCCACCCGUAUAAAGUUACUUUGAUUGUUGAUGAAAUUGAAUUUAAGUACAAAAGCAAAAUAUAAAAACAAAAAAUAUUACAUACAUAUUAUAUUUAUAUAUUUAAAAAAAAGUACCUGUUGUUAUUACUUUAUAAAGAGCUAAUAUUUUUUAUGUUUGAAAUCAACAACAAUGGAAAGAAUUUUAAAAAUAAUUGUUUUAUUUUAUUUUGUUUUCUAUUUUUUUUUGUGUCCCAGCGACUAAAAUUUUUAAUUUUCUGUUUUUUUUUUUUUUUAGUUUAUAUUAAUAUAGUUUAUUAAUAGAUUUUAUUUUAAAAUGUAUUUAUUUUGCUAAGCAGAUUUCUAUAUACAUAAAUACUUAUUUUUAAGGUGAUUUUCAAUGUAGUAAAAAAAAAUAAAAUAGCAUAAAAUAAAACAAAACAAAAACUGUAUGCAAUUCAUGGAUGUUAUGAAUCAUAAAUAUUAUCACAUAUUUCAAUUUAAAAAAAAAUAUAAUCCAUGAUUUAUGUUUUGAUGUUACAUACAAAAAUAAUGAUGUGUAGUAUGUACUAAUGAAAUGACAAUGUAUUUGGGAGAAAUUUUAAUAAAUGUAAUUCAAAUAUUAAUGUGAACAUA